UCCCACUGCGUUAACGCGCGCCCCGUGUUUCUGAGCGCUCGCGCCUGCAGGUUGGAGGAGUGCUCUCCUCGCGCGCGCGGCUCUGUAAUCUCGCCUUUUCAUUUCUCUCUGCAAGACCAGAACAGCUCCUGGACGCACGGACGGACGGACGGACAGCUUUAAGCAGCAAGCACUAAAGGCACAGGUCUCCUCCUCCUCUUCCUCUUCCUCCCCGUGUUUCUCCUCCUCCAUCACCGCCUUCGCCUCCCCCCUCCUCCUCCUCCUCCUUCUUUCCCCGGUUUAUUCCUCCGCGAUUUUUCGCCGAGAUCCGCAGCCGGGUGAACGCGGAGAGCUUUUCGGUAAGGGGACUUUACUCGAGAGCGAGGCCCCCUGGCCCCCUCCUCCUCUUCCUCCUCCUCCUCCUUUUCCUUUUCCCCCCGCUCCCUUUUCCGCUUCAGACCCGUGUUUGUUUUGUUUUUUUUUUAUUUUAUUCUAUUCCGUUUUUUUUGGUUUUGUUUUCGUGCGAUCGGAUUUAUUUGGAGGAUUUGGGAGCUCCGGACGAGGCCGCGGGCUUGAGCGCAGGAGGGGGGAUGACUUUAGAGUCUAUGAUGGCUUGCUGCCUGAGCGAAGAGGCGAAGGAGUCGAAACGGAUCAACGCCGAGAUCGAUAAGCAGCUGCGCCGAGACAAGCGGGACGCGAGGCGGGAAUUAAAGCUUCUCCUUCUCGGUACGGGAGAAAGCGGUAAGAGCACAUUCAUCAAACAGAUGCGCAUCAUCCAUGGCACCGGGUACACGGACGAAGACAAGCGCGGCUUCACCAAGCUGGUCUACCAGAACAUCUACACGUCUAUGCAGGCCAUGAUCCGUGCCACAGAGACGCUCAAAAUCGCCUACAAGUAUGAGCAGAACAAGGCCAACGCCAUGCUGGUGAAGGAGGUGGACAUCGAGAAGGUCUCGUCAUUCGAUCAGCCCUACGUUAGCGCCAUUAAGAUGCUGUGGUCAGAUCCAGGCAUCCAGGAAGCCUACGACCGCCGCCGAGAGUACCAGCUCUCCGAUUCCACUAAAUACUAUCUGUCCGAUCUGGACCGCAUCGCUGAGCCAUGCUAUCUGCCCACCCAGCAGGACGUGCUCAGGGUCCGAAUCCCAACCACGGGCAUCAUCGAGUACCCUUUCGACUUGCAAAGCAUCAUUUUCAGAAUGGUGGAUGUUGGUGGGCAGAGGUCUGAGCGCAGGAAGUGGAUCCACUGCUUCGAGAACGUCACGUCCAUCAUGUUCCUGGUGGCUCUGAGCGAGUACGACCAGGUGCUGGUGGAGUCCGACAACGAGAAUCGUAUGGAGGAGAGUAAAGCGCUUUUCAGGACGAUAAUCACAUAUCCGUGGUUCCAGAACUCCUCGGUCAUCCUCUUCCUCAAUAAGAAGGACCUCCUGGAGGAGAAGAUUUCCUACUCCCACCUGGUCGACUACUUCCCAGAGUUUGAUGGGCCUCAGCGGGACGCACAAGCAGCGCGGGAGUUCAUCCUGAAGAUGUUUGUGGAUCUGAACCCCGACAGCGACAAGAUCAUCUACUCGCACUUCACCUGCGCCACAGACACGGAGAACAUCCGCUUCGUCUUCGCCGCCGUGAAGGACACCAUCCUGCAGCUCAACCUCAAAGAGUACAACCUGGUGUAGGCUGCCAUCGCCGGAGACUGCUCUCAUACUUCAGCACAGAACAGACACACACACACGACACACACAACACACUAAAUUACCAACGGUCCACUUUGUUUUCCAGCCUCCUGUUUUUGUUUUUCGUCCAGCAAUUUGAGGGUGUUCCAGAUCUUUCCUGCUUUUAUCUUCUGUCCGUUUUGCCAAAGCCUGUCCACUUUCUCUCGUCGGCAGCUCGUGUCCAAGCUCUCCCUUCCUUCUAUCCCUCCCUCCCUCCCUCCCUCCCUCUUUUUCCAUUGUUGGACCGUUGAGAAUUUUUUCAGAUCAGAUUUGAUGACCGGGGCGGGGUUAUAGACACAGACUUCUCGUUCUCAUUCUCGUUAAAUAUAUAUACAUGUUUGAAAACGUCAGAAAGGGCAGAAUCGAUCAGACGAUAUCGCAUUUAUCGACAGCGACGCUCGCGGAAACUGGAAUUCGACAUCUCUCACUUCUCCUUCUGCUUCUCCAUUCACAUCUCCAUUCUGCCCGCCUGCCUGCCUCGAUGGAUGGAUGGAUCUUUUAUUUUUUCUUCCUUUUUUCCGGUUCUAUCACCCUGCUAGUGAAAAAGGGGGGAAAAAAUUUCAAAAAAAGCAAGUCUCACCUUAUUCACACCCGGACACAAGGACAAGCGCUGUGGUGCUAGAAGUUCCGAAUGGCUCCCUUACAUGUUUUCAGAGGAGUCGAGAAUCCAAAGGGGUUGUUUUGGGGUUUUUUUUUUUAAGGUGGGUUCGAUGGGUGGUGCGAGGCGAGUCUUCACCUCACAUCUAUGAAUGUAAACUUUCUGAGCAUUGUAAACAGGGAUGGGGGAAUGGGGUGGGGGAGGACGUAACACCAGAACGAAGAGGAGGCGAAUCGGCGUAACAUCGCUCAUUUUAACGAUAGGUUACUAUAGCUACUGCUCUCAUCACAUGAAGUAUGACAGCAUCCUCAAUCAAAGAUGGGUAAGAAUCUGAAUUAUUUUAUUUUUUUUUAAGGAUUAUCUGGAUUUAUCAGUGUGUAGUACAGAUUUUGACUCGGUAGGUAUCCACACAGGUUAAGAUGCUCCAUCACUUCUUUCCUGUAUUCAUUUUAAGGAUUUUUUUUUUCUUCUGCUUGCAUUUUUCCCUUAUACACACUUUCUCUUUCAAAAUCGGUCGCCGGUACCGUACUUUUUGCAUGACUAGACUUUUUAAAGAGAAAAACAGCAGCGCACUCAGUAAUACUCCAGAUUAUUCGAUAUCACCACCAAGCAGUGGCCUGACGCACAUGUUCUUUUAUUUGUUUACGUUUUUUCUUUCUUUCUUUCUUUCUUUUUAAAACACAGAGACAUCUUGUGAAAUAAGAAUUUGUGGACACGUACGUUCAUUUAGCUUUGUUCAGGGUCAGGAGCUAGUGUGAAGCGAAGUGAAAAGUGUAUGGGGGGGGCAGGAAGUCGCAAGUUCAUUGAUUGUGUAUAUUUAUAUUUGUAAAUACGUAUACACUUUAUUGCUUAUGUAAAAAAAAAAAAAUAAAAAAAAAAAGUCUGUGGUACAGUAUCUUUGGCAAAAAGGAAAAAAAAAAUUUACUUCGUAAUUGUGUACGGUUUCGGUUGGUUUCUUAUGAAUUAUGAUAUUAUUGAUACUGUGAUUUAUUUUUAUUUUUUAUUCCCCCCCCCCUUCUGUCUUUCUUUCUUCACUACGAUUAUUCCCGAAGACAUGCGCAUAGCCGUAUAAGGAAGCAGUUAUGAGCAAUAGCGUGAGAAAUCUCGAGAAAACCACGAGCACCAGGGUGCGAAUGUUCUUAUUUUGCAGUAUCUAAAGAUAUGAAAAGGAUUUCAAGAAGGGGAAUGAUCUAAAUAAAUAAAUAGAAGUGUUUAUUUAUCUAAUUUAUCGACCAGUUUUGAAGUCGGUGGGGUCUUUUUCUGCUGUACAAAACUUUAUUAAAUCUAUAUUAGCUCUUAUCACAACUUUUCCUUAAAAUUAAUUGGCAAUUUUUUUCACAGUAUGCAGAUUUUCUUUUCUUUAUUUUUAGUAAAUUUCUAUGUGAUGUUCGAGGAAAGGAAUGGGUUUUUAGGACCGAUAGAUACAUCUUAACGUGUACGAUUUCUUUUCCGAUCUAAUCACUUUGCAGCAUGUUCUCAUCGUACAAAAGGACGAGCUGAUAGAAGGAUAAAACAGGUCUCCUUUCAUAUUUUAUCAUCAAGGGCUAAAAAGAAAAUCCUCACAUCACACGUGGGCAGGUGAAGAGGCGCCGUGAGAAACGUCUUACAUGCUCAAAGGAGCAAGGUGCAUCUCAUCCCCUCCAUUUUAAGUUCGAGUAUUUAUAAAGCACUUUUAAUGCAGCAGGGGUUGACCAAAGUGCAGUACUAUUAAAGGCAGCAUCAUUAGAGACAUACAGAUAAAAGAAUUAAACCCAGUAUAAUAAUGAGUUUAUGCUCAUUUGAACGUUAUAGAAUAAAUAAAAAAUUAAACUAGACUUAAAAGUAUUAACAAAAGAGGCAGAGCUAACAUGGAGGGAAAGCUGAGAGUCCCAAACUACAAAUGAUCAGGCAUAACAUUAUGACCUGAAGUGAAUAAGACUGAUUAUCUCUUCAUCAUGGCACCUGGGAGAUAUUAGGCAGCAAGUGGACAUUUUGUCCUCAAAGUCGAUGUGUUAGAAGCAGGAGAAAUGGACAAGCGUAAGGAUUUGAGAAGGGCUGAAUCGUGAUGGCUUGGAGAUCUGAGCAUCUCCAAAACUGCAGGUAUCCUUACAGGACCUAAUGGAUCUGCUGCUAACAUCUUGGUGCCAGAUACCACAGAACACCUUCAGGGAUCUAGUGGAGCCCAUGCCUCGACGAGUCAGGGCUGUUUUGGCAGUAAUAUUAGGCAGGUGGUCAUAAUGUUAUGCCUGAUCGGUAUAUAGAGAUAUAUAUAUACACACGAGUAUAGAAACUCAACACUGUUAUUAAAGAUGCGGUACCUUGCCUUGUGCAUUAAUCCUGGCAGUGUUUCUAGAAGUUUCCGAAUUCCCUAGUGCUAAAUAAAUCUAAAGUGAAGCAUGGACAGCAUCUUCAUGUAGCCCUGAAUUUCACAUGUGUUCAGAACAGUAGCAUUUUCCACUUUUUCCACCCCCCCUUGCUUUACUGUUUCUCAAUACACUAAAACUUUUCUGCUUUAUUCAUUUUAUGCAAAAGGUCGGUUUAUACUUAAUUCAUUGCUCACCUGCAUAUUUUUUAUGAAGGAUUGAAAGCUUUGUGUCAUCCGAAAACAUCCUUCUGUCCAGUUUAGCGAAUUAGACAUGCAUUUAAAAUGGUACAAUUUAUAUCUUCCUGUAAAGCUGCUUUGCGGCAGUGUCCGUUGUUUAAAGGGCCAUCCAGAUAAAAUCGAAUCGAAUUGAAUUCAUCCACACCGACAUGAGGACCAUGUCUCAAGUCCACUUUACCUUCAAAAUGUACAAAUCUAGAAAAGACAGAAGGCCAGAACGAUAAAAAACACGAUCCUUCAGUAGAUUUGAGGUCUGUACUGUCUGAGAGCUUCUGAGGACGUGAACAAGCAGCAGACAUUUUGCGUUCUGGUCAAUAAUGUACAUACAUUAAGGAAAGUUUUGCUCUUGCUUUUUUACUUACACACACACACACACACACCUUUUAGCAAAUCAGUGUAUAAGUCUACAAUUCAUUUGGAGGUGGUGAAAUCUCCAUUAGGCAAAGCUGAAAUCUGACCUUCCUGAAUAAGGAAGAGCUCAAUAGUCCAGUAUUGGUCAUUUAGAAGUAAAAAAAAAUUAAUAAAUAAAACCAGUAUUUUAAUGAAUCUCUCCAGAGUAAGAUUACACAAAAACGAAUCACCCCGAAAAUGUACGAAUUAUGAAUCUGCAUCCCUCGUCUUCGUAUAGCUAUCAUACACACUAUAUCUGUGAUUAGUUUCUAAGAUUUAACGUCAAUACGUGUAUUGCAAUACAGCCAGAAGUCUCAGGAUGACAAAGCUAGGAAUAUGUAUUUGUUGGGGGAGGAAUAAAAAAAAACCAUUGAUUGUAAUGGAUGGACAUGCUUGUCCUAUGGAGACUCUUAAGACAUGUUAAUGGUCUGAUUAUUUUAAAUGCACUUUCUUUUUCAUCCUUGUUGUUGUUUUAUUUUUCUCCUCCCACUAAAACUUCCAAAGCCCCUUUUUGAAAGAGCAAGUCCAAGUACUUAAGACCUCUGGAAUUGAUGGAACAGAUUCCGUUUGCGAUCAUCAUUAAAUGAAAAUCAGUGGAAAAGUAUUUACUAUUUUUUUUAAACUCAUCUGCACAGCGUUCUUUAGGAAAAUGUCUACCUCGAUGAGAUAUUUUUGGGGCAUUUUCAGUGUCACGACGCAAGAAAGCACAAACACAGCACAGUGUAUUGUGAAGCAGAUUACUGAUUAAGAAUCUUUCUGGUCUUUUUAUUUUAUUUUGUCAUUUCCUAUAUAUAUAUAUAUAUAUAUAUAUAUAUAUAUAUAUAUAUAUAUAUAUAUAUAUAUAUAUAUAUAUAUAUAUAUAUAAUCCCAAACUCUUAGAAUGCAGUAUUGGCUAACAUCAUGCAGUAGUUAUUUAGCAUUUCUGUAUCAUCAGAGUGCCUGAGAUGAGUUUUUAAGCAUGAAUCACGGUUUACACCCGGGUAUAGAAGGUGAGAAAUACAUUAGCACAAGAGAAAGUGGUACGGUGUGUGUGUGUGUGUGUGAUUCAUACGAGUAAUUCUCCAUGCUGAGGAACAAGUCGGUAAUGUUUUAUAUAGUGACACUACUACUGCAGGCUAGUACUUUAAAAUUCUCAUCAUGGAAGUGGCUUCUAUUUUCCUCGCCGUUUUCUAGACGCCAUUGAAGUCAUUUUUCCCCUCAAUCUCUCGGCAAAGAUGAUGGAGAGUGGCAUAUCCCCUUUCCUUUUCUUUUUGUUGUUUCCCCCAUGACACCGGAUGUAAAUGUUGUAUUAUAUCAUGUGCCAAUCCCUUCCAUGGACACUGACUUUAUAUAAAGUGCCAACUGUCUGUCCAAAUCCAACGAGGACCGAACCCUGAGACACGACAGUCCCCUUUUUAAAACCCAACUGAAACUAUGUGUGUGUAUAUAUAUAUAUAUAUAUAUAUAUAUAUACAUAUAUAUGAGAGAAAAACACAAUGAAAUUUAUUCUAGAUUUAAGAUUUAAGAUAAAACUGCUGUUCUUUUUUGUUUUUUAAUAAAUUGUCAUUUUUAAAAUGCAUGUGCUCUGUGUUGGGGUUGGAAUUUAUGGGCUAAGAAAAUAUUAAUAUUAAUAUUAAAGCCCUCAAGGCGAGGGAUCAUAUUGGAUAUUGAUUUACAGCAUUCUCGCCAUAUAUUUUUUUGUUUGUUUGUUUUUUUUGUUUUCGUCUUUAUUUGUAUUGAUUCAUUUCAACCACUGUUGCCUGAACCUCAUUCAAACAUGGAAAAGAUUUUCAUAACCGCCUUCUAAAAAAAUCUAUUGAAAAAAAAAAAAGUAAAAAAGAAAGUAUCUGUUUUAAAUUGAAAUAAAUUUGUUCCUAUA